UGGAUAUAUACCCAAAUAUAUUUCAAUUUAUUAAAAUUUAUUCGCUAGAUAUGCAUGCAAGUGCACUAUAAGUUAUUUGUAGACAUUUUAAUAUUACUACAGAACUAUCGUGUACCGUUAUUAACGUUUGGUUUCUUCAUACGUACAAAUUCUGUUACUUUCAUUUAGCGAACUUUCUAUAGUAUCAUAAACGAUUGAAAAUUCUUUAACAAAAUUAAAACAUUAUUUAAAAAAUACUUAAAAUAAAAUUGUCCUAAACAAAAAUAAUAAAAUAAUAUUAUCUUCGAAAAUAAUAUAUAUUUGGCAAUGUUUGCGAGAGUGACAUUUUAUCCAACGCUUUUCUAUAAUGUAUUAAUGGAAAAAAUUUCGUCAAGAAACUGGUACGAUAGAAUUGAUGAGACUGUUAUAUUGGGUGCUCUACCAUUUCGAAAUAUGACUCAACAGUUAAUAGAUGAAGAAAAUGUUCAAGGUGUUGUUUCAAUGAAUGAAGAUUACGAACUACAAUUGUUUUCUAAUACUGAAAAGGAGUGGGAAAAACAUAAUGUAGAAUUUUUACAAUUGUCUGUAACAGAUAUUUUUCAUUCACCUUCACAAGAGAAAUUAUUACUAGGUGUAAAUUUUAUUAAUAAAUUUCGUAAUGUUUCGAAUGAAUUAAACAGUUCUACUAAAGCUGAUAAAACUUAUCUUAGAACUGUUUAUGUGCAUUGUAAAGCAGGAAGAACACGGAGUGCAACAUUGGUUGGAUGUUAUUUAAUGAUGAAAAAUCAGUGGACUCCAGAAGAAGCAAUAACAUAUAUGAAACAGAAAAGACCUCAUAUACUACUACAUACACAGCAGUGGAAUGCACUAAGAACUUUUUAUAAUAAUCACGUAAAAAAUAAUAAAUUAUUUAAAUAAAUAUGUAAUUAUAUUUAAUAUUAAUAUAUAU